GGAGUUGUGCCUGUCCAUUAGUUUAGCUCAACAAAGAUGGCGUCGAUGUACUAAGUGUACGACAUAUGCUCAAGUGAGUGAACACUGUACCAUAGAGGAUACAGAAACAAUUAAAUAUCGUGUUUCAGGUAACGUUACUUGGCAAUUUGCAGCUUUUCCAACAACGCAGCAGAGCUCCGCUUCGGUUGCGGUUUGCAGGAGAUCUUUUUCUUUCAGGCUCUUUGGUUAAAGUCAGCCAUGAUGGCGACCAUGUAAAGCAAACGGGGCAGUGCGCAGCGUCAACACGAUGAGAUGCAGGUUCCCCCGAUGCUUCAUGGGGCUCAAGCGAGCCUAUUUGGUCUGGCCAAUCCUGCUGCUGCUCCUGGUUGGUGCAGCCUUGACCGCUCUGCUGCCCCCCGCCGAGGACCGAGGAGGCGUCGGUGUCCUGGGAGUGUUGCGCAGGGCAGCGUCACCAAAGGAGACUCCCGCACAGGGCCACCGCGGUGACGGCACAGAGGAGGAGCAGAGGUUCACCAUCGUCAUUCAAACUUACAACCGCACCGAUAUUUUGCUCCAACUCCUGAACCAUUACCAGGCAGUGCCUCACCUUCAACAGAUCGUCAUAGUGUGGAACAACAUCGGGACGCAGACACCCCUGAAGUUAUGGAACUCUUUGCGGCCUCAUCCGGUCCCCGUGGUCUUCAAUGAGCAGACGAGCAAUCAAAUGCGCAACAGACUACAACCGUUACCUGAGAUCGAUACUGAUGCCGUGCUGAUGCUGGAUGACGACACCCUGGUCAGUGUUCCUGACAUCAGUUUUGCUUUCUCCGUCUGGAAGCAAUUUUCAGACCAGAUCGUUGGGUUCGUCCCACGGAAACACGUCUCGACACCAGGAGGAGUGUACAGUUACGGCAGCUUUGAACUGCAGGACCCAGAAACAGCUGGAGGUGACAAAUACUCCAUGGUGUUAAUUGGUGCUGCCUUCUUCCACCGUCGCUACCUGCAGGUCUUCCAGGACCAACCCAGAGCAGUCCACGCGCUGGUGGAUGAAACACAGAAUUGCGACGACAUUGCCAUUAACUUUGCUGUCGCGCUGUAUUUGAGGGAGCACUCCGUAGGCAGCAUCGACAAACCCUCCGGGGUCUUCGUCAAACCCGUGGACUUCCGCAACCUGGAAAAGGAUGCCAGCAGCGGGUACCAGGGCAUGUGGCAUCGCCCCGAACACCUUCUUCAGAGAUCCUACUGCCUGAACAGGCUGACGCAGAUCUAUGGCUUCAUGCCACUCCGCUUCUCCAACCUGAUGAUCUCCCAGUUUGGCUUCCCCAGCUAUGCCAACCACAAGAGCAGAGCUUGAGGAGCUGCCACACCGCCGACCGUUUUGGACUGAAAGAAGACAGACUCGAGUAACAGUCUGGUAAGUCUGUGUUUUGAUUAAUAACACCCGUCUAGGUGAAGGAUUAGGUCGACACUGUUGAUCCCAGCAUGUGUAGGAAGCUCAAUUUCAAAUUUCACAGGGAAAUUCUUCUCACAUUUUGAUGACAUUAUUGCAAUAAAACAGUAGUGAUAAUAUAGUGUUUCGAGCUCAAAGUGCUUCUCACAAGAAUGUUUGAUUGAAGUUUACCUGCUCAGUGUGUUGCUGCUGAGCAGUUCAACCAUUGCAUCUGCAGGACUAUUGCUGACAAUCAGCAUUUUCUGCACAUGGCCGAGUCUGAUGAAUCGUCCAUAUUUGAUAAGGUAAUAAUCUGUAUAUUGUUACCAAAGCUGCCUUACCUUAACUGUGAACAGCCCUCCCAGUGGAUUGUAGUUCUUUUGUAGCCAGCAGGUGUCAGUCUCAGAUCUGCUUUUUACAAUUUGCCUCUUUUGUAACCACGAGUUUACAGCGUUGAUGCUGACUCGUUCAAAUUCUUGUUUUAUUACCUUUUUAUAGUUGUUUAUGGUAAGGGUAACUUCUCUGAGCUUGUGUACACGUCCCCAAACGUUUAAAAUACUUGUUAGACGAUGUAGAUAUUCAUUUUCUCUACCUAAAGUGUGAAUUUGUGAAUAAAAUAGAAUUAUUGCAGGUAUUAAACGCAUUCCAACAAUCGUAAUGUACAGUACUAUGCAUGCAUGGACAAUCGUUUGUAAGACUAUCAUGUGACUCUGUUAAAUAAAGCCAACACUUUUUCUCUGAA